AUGACAUCAUGGAGUCAUCCUCAUCACUCCUCUCCCCGGUCAUCACAGGGGUCGGGUGGGGUCUCUGUGGCCAGGAAGAUUUGCUAUGCAGUGGGUGGGGUCCCAUAUCAGAUGACUGCAGCCGCCAUGGGGGUCUCCCUGCAGAUUUUCCUACUGGAUGUUGUAAAGAUGGAGGCCUUCUAUGUCUCUAUGAUCCUGUUUGUGAGUCGGGCGUGGGAUGCUGUGACAGACCCGCUGAUUGGAUAUUUGGUGAGCCGCAGCAACUGGACACCGAUUGGCAAACUCAUUCCGUGGACGGUUCUCUCCAUGCCGUUUGGUGUCAUCUCCUACGUGCUGCUGUGGUUCGUGCCACCAGGAUCGGUGUCUCAGGCUUUCAGCGUCCCCUGGUUCCUGGCAGCAACCUGCCUGUUUGAGACCAUCAUGAGUUGUUACGACGUCCCCUACCUCUCUCUGAACAUGUUCCUGGGGGGAAACCAGCGAGACAGAGACUCUGCCACCGCCUACAGGAUGAGUGUGGAGAUGUUGGCGAUGCUCUUGGCUUCAGUAAUUCAGGGUCAGGUCAUCGCUGUCUAUAAUACAGAGAAGGACGGGGCCUGUCAGCAGCUGGACCAGGCCCAUGAAAUAUCUCAAAGCACAGCCUCACCACACGCUGCCUCACUUCACGAAACGCGAAAAGCUUUCCUGACCUCAGCUUUGGUCAUGGGUGCCCUGUUUUUCCUGUGCACCCUGGUUCUCCUCCUGGGAGUGAAGGAGCAACAGUCGGCCCCCUGCUCUCUUCAGAAAGUGCAAGUGUCCUAUCUCACCUCCCUAAAGCUGCUGGUGUGCCACGUUCCUUAUCGACGACUGAUCCUGGGCUUUGUGUUCACUGCACUUGCAUUCCAGAUGUCCUUGGGUAACUUUGCACUUUUUUGCAGUCAUGUAGCUGGGCUAGGAGCCCAGUUCCAGCAUCUUCUACUGCUUCUACUGGCUGCCGCCUCCAUAGCAGUUCCAUUAUGGCAAGCAGUCCUUGUGAGAAUAGGCAAAAAAGCCACAGUUAUCAUCGGACUCGCACCCUUCAUCCCAGCGGUGAUUAUAACUGCCUGUGUGCCCACUAACCUGUCAGUCUUCAUGAUUAUGUGUGCUCUGAUGGGAUUCAGCUUGGCAACCAUGUUCUUGCUACCAUGGUCCAUGCUCCCAGAUGUGGUGGACGAUUUUUCCACGAGAAACCCCUCCUGCAAGGAUUUGGAGCCUCUGUUUUUCUCCUGCUAUGCCUUCUGCACUAAACUAGCAGGGGGUCUAUCCGCUGGAAUCUCCACCAUGACAUUACACUUUGUGGGCUACAGAGCGGGUGCAUGUAGCCAUGGUGAUGGCGUGGUGACGGCUCUGAUUGUGCUGUUUUCACCCGUUCCUAUUGCACUACUGUUGGUCGGGAUGUUUUUUUUCCGCUCCUACCCGAUCAAUGAGAAGCAGCGCUCCCAGCUCCAGGGACACCUGACCUAUUUAAAAGUUUCAUGCCAGAGCUUUCAUUUCUGA